GGUGAUCUUGGAGGGCAUUCUGGUACUUCAUCUUCCUGAGACUCUCCGCCGUUGUCACAUGAAGAUCUUCGUUGACACAGACGACGACGUGCGCUUGGCGCGUCGUAUCCGCCGAGACACGGUGGAGCGUGGGAGGGAUGUAGAAGCGGUGAUCAAGCAGUACACGCGCUUCGUAAAGCCGUCCUUCGAGAAGUACAUUUUGCCCAGCCGAAACAAUGCGGACAUCGUGAUCCCCUGGCGAGAAAACAACGCCGUGGCCACUGACCUCAUUACACAACAUAUCCGCACCAAGUUAGGCAUGCACGAGCUGCUGCGGAUCUUUACCAAUCUUUACAUCAUGCCGGCCACAAUGCAGACCCGCGGCAUGCACACCAAGAUCCGUUCCCGUGAUACCUGCCGACAGGAGUUCGUGUUCUACGCAGACCGGCUCAUCCGCUUGGUAGUGGAGGCGGCCUUAGGCCAUCUGCCCUUCUUGGAGACCGAGGUCCUAACGCCGGUGGGCGAGCCCUACCAGGGUGUGGAGUUCAGCCGGCGAAUCUGCGGUGUCUCCAUCAUUCGCUCGGGCGAGGCCAUGGAAAAUGCCCUGCGGACCUGUUGCAUUGGUGUGAAGAUCGGCAAGAUCUUGAUUGAUCAAGUGGGCAAAGAGAGGCCAAAAGAGUUCAAGACUGGGGAUCGCGAUCUUUGCUUCCCGUUGCUGCUACAGACAAGAAGGUUUUGUAGGUCUAUAGGGUACCCCAGGCUUGCAAUUUGGACGCGCAAGAAUCCUUCUGUGAAGUCGCAGGUUUGUGAAGGUCAAGAAGGGUCAGAAAGUAUUGAGAACCCAUCUGGGCCGACUGGCCGGAUCAGCAUUUGCUUCAGAUGAAGUGCGAUGCUAACUUUCAGUCCUUGAGGGAUUCCCCGCCCUUGAAAGUCUCGGCUUAACAUUUGCUGCACUUCUUUCUCAUAUCUUUUUUUUUCCGUCAAUCCAAGACUACACCACCA